UGCUUUCCACUCGUCUAUGGGCUGCAUGCAGAAUGUUUUCAGUAGCACCAAGUAUUGUAUUAUUGCUUCACAUUUGAACAGAUUAUGUUGUUGCAUUUUAUACAUUUAGACCAUUUCGCCCACUAGCGAAACUGACAGUGACCAACACUGCGGCUGGAGUUUUUGUUUGUAUCCCUCCAAGAAAGAAAAAAGUCCCGAACUCCUGGAGACACAACAAGCUAGCGUUAGCUAACAUCAGCAGACGGCGGCGAGGCCCCAAACGGACAGGGGGAACCAUGGCCAACAUCGCAGUUCAGAGGAUAAAACGGGAAUUCAAGGAGGUUAUCAAAAGUGAAGAGACAAGCAAAAACCAAAUCAAAGUUGAUCUUGUGGACGAGAACUUCACAGAACUUAAAGGGGAGAUAGCAGGACCACCCGACACACCAUAUGAAGGGGGUAGAUAUCAACUAGAAAUUAAAAUUCCAGAGACAUAUCCAUUCAAUCCUCCCAAGGUUCGGUUUAUCACGAAGAUCUGGCAUCCCAACAUCAGCUCGGUGACAGGUGCAAUAUGUCUGGACAUUCUCAAAGACCAGUGGGCAGCAGCUAUGACUCUGAGGACAGUCCUCCUGUCGCUACAAGCCUUACUGGCAGCAGCAGAGCCAGAUGACCCGCAGGAUGCGGUGGUAGCCAAUCAGUAUAAGCAGAACCCAGAGAUGUUCAAACAGACAGCGCGGCUCUGGUCUCAUGUCUAUGCAGGCGCUCCUGUCUCCAGUCCGGAUUACACUCGCAAAAUAGAUAAACUGUGUGCCAUGGGCUUUGAAAAAAAUGCAGUGAUAGUGGCGUUGUCAUCAAAAUCCUGGGAAGUGGAAACAGCGACAGAGCUUCUCCUCAGUAACUGAUUCCUGACUUCACCUUCUCAAUUCUGUCUCUUCUUCUCCCUCGUACACACCCACUCUUCUCCAGUUUCCCACCAUGUCAAGUCAUCUCUUCCUCUGGCAUGUCCUAAGGUCUUCACAGCGGACUGUUCACCUCCACACUUAAUCUCUCCAUCUUCCCUCUUGUAUCACAUUUUCCUCGUAUCUCCUUUUUGCUCCACACCUCUGCUCUGUACCGCACUCAGAUCACGGCGUCCAAUCUUGGCGUCAUUUAAGACAUUCUACAUUCCAGUCAGUGCUACAAUCAGAAAAUGAAUCACAUCUCUGUCUUAUGAAACUCGUGCCACAAUUUAGAGCCCCAACCAUCUCCACCAGAGCUUUUCUGACUUUGUCCAAGAAGCAUCUGUCAGCAGCUCAUUCUUUGCUAUGCAGUGCAUUUUUUUUCAUUUGUGAAAACCUUCAUUAUGAGAGUCGGGUGUUUCAAGGAGAUGCUUGCACAGUUGGACAUUUUUACACACUUUUGGCUUGAUUCUCAGACAAGUUCAAUGUAGUGAUCAACGACAUUCGUCACAUUCUCCAUGAAAUUUUUUAAAUUUUCUUGCUGUGCCUGAUAUAACUAAAUGGUUCCUUCAUUUAUUGGUCUGAAAGAUCUGGCUUGGAAAAAUGAAUGCGCCAGUUGUCAGACGUUAAUGCUGGGGUAGUUCUCAUCGAUACUGUAAUCCUCUAAAGAGAUCAGUUUAUUAUGUCAACCAGUAUCAAGCCAGAAAGGAAAAAAAAACAUGUCAAAGGGGAACUCUAACAUUUUUCAUCCUACGUUCUGUUUUUAGCUGUUUUGGGGUUAAUCUUUUCAGUAGGGACAAAAACUAUUUUUCAGUGCAGUGUUGAAUUAGAAUGCAAACGCUGUGAUGGGCUGUGAUGUGAAUUGGCACAAGAUAAAACACAAUAAACUUCUUGUUGCCACUCAACAGGUGAAAAUGUCAUUAGACGUGUUUGAUACCAUGAAGAGGAUCCUUCCAUUGGUGAACUUAGGAGGAGGACUGCAUUUCUGGAGUGAUCUUUCCAUCCACCAGAUGCUCAGAGUGCUUUACAUUGAUGCCUCACAUUUGCUUCCAUCAACGCCGGUACCCAUGGAUACAGUUGGGUGGACUGGGACAAUGUGAUUAAAUCUCUUGUCCAAGGACACAUACAGGUGGCAUGAGUAAGAUUUGAGCCCAGGUCUAAAUAUUUGAUUGGCUAGCUCCUUAUCCACAGAGUACACACGUACCACACCAAAUGCAAAUAAACUUUUUAAGAUUACCGAUUACACAGUUAGCCGCUUACCUUAGCUUGCAGUCCAUUUGGUGGCAUGGCACUCCACUGAAGCAUUACAAGUUGACUGCCUCAGUCUGUCGGGCAGAGCUCCUCAUCACCAAACAAUCUGGUUAGACCGUGACUGUGUUUGUGUUCUAAAUCAACAUUGCAAUGAUACAUUUAAUUUUUUUUUUUAACAAAUGAAAAGGUUAACUUCAAAACAUCCAAAAAUAGAGCCCAGGUUGAAAAAUCCUAGACACAUUAAAUUACGUAUUACAUCGAAAAUGUUACAUCCCCACUGAAUAAUAAACAUCUGAAAUGAAUCUGAUAACAAGAAGUCAGCUUGAGAUGUGAAAACACCCAAAUACAAAACUGCUGAUAGCUUUGGAGCACGUAGCACACACAAACAUGGGAAAACAACUGUUGAAGAAGAUGCAGCUAUAUUUUGUCAGACACAAGAUUAGGCUUUUUCCCUUUCUGGAAAACAACCUGUAAACUAUUCACACAGUAGCCAUGUUGUCAACUCACUUUGAUCCCCAUGUGGAUUUUCUGACAAAUCCAGAGCUCCUGCUGCAAACGUCAGUCCUCAAGCUUUUUUCCCUGUAUUUUCUUUUAAUUUAAUUUCAUUUUUAUCUAGUUUUGCCCUUUUACGGGAAUGUGUUUAGGUUCUUGUUUUUUUUUAACUGAAUGGGGCAAAGAAACAAAAGAAAACGACAAAAGAAACAUUCAGCAGUUACACAAUCUGUCAACAGACCUGGAAAGAAAUAGUUCAGAGUUUAAAGAAUAUUGCAUCAUCUUAACUACGCCAACAGAUAAUGUCCAAAUAAGUCAUCUGUAAAUAAAGAUAUUAAAGUCUGUGUAAAUUAAA